AAUCCUCCAGCAACCCGAGGCCCAAAAGCGCGAAAAGUCUAUUUCUGGUCUCAAAAUUUGGCGCAAAAACCAAAGAAAUUUCACCAUAAUUUCAUUUGCAAAUCCCUCCAAUUCAUAUUUCAAAUAUACAACCCCUCAAAAAUUUCCCUCAAUUCAUCUUUCAAUGGCAGAUUUCGAACCUCCAUCUUUCUCUCUAGGGCUUGAUUUCGACAUUGAUUCAGAGCCCCAGCCCACUGUAUUACCGACAAUCCAAGAAGCUGAUGAUAUUGAAACCCCCACAAUUGCUGAGGACACGGAAGAUUCAGAUCCACCUAGAUCUCUCAAACGCCUCCGGCGUGGGCUCAUUUCCAAAUCCGAACCGACGACCCUAAAAAGGAAGCUAGGAGAUGCUUGGUGUAGUGUGGACGAUGAUAUUGAAGAUUUCUCUUCUCAGGAUGAUGAGCCCAAGGAUCAUCCAAAGCAGUACAGUUCUGUGUGUAGCAGUUCCAAAAUCCCGUUACAGGGGCGAAGGGUAUUAUCCUCGCAAUCUGCAAGCAGAUGCACAGGAAGGAAGAAUGAGGUUUCAAAUGUUUCUUCCAUUUCCCAGAGUAUGGAAACUAGCACUAGCAAUUUCGUCUUCCCAGAGCUAACUGUUAGUCCACUGAGAAGGUUCCAGUUGAUUGACUCUGAUUCUGAUGAGCCUUCUAAAAGUGAAGUCAUGGAAAAAGAAUCAGAACAUGUAAAUUCUCCUUUGAACGGUAAUCCACACAAUACUGGUGCAGAUUCAAGUUGCCAGAGAAAUGCAGGACUUUCUGCUGGAAAGUUAAAAACUAGAGAUCUGUGGGAAGACUUCUGUUCAGAUAAGACCUUUAAUAUUUCUACACCUGCUCUUGAUGAGGUUUGUGAAGAAUAUUUCAAAUCAGUAAAACAUGGAAAAAACACGCAGACUAUUAACAGUGGUUUAACUGAAAGUAGCGUGCGACCUCAGGGGCCCCUUCUCCCUGCUCACUGUUACUUUUUCCAUAAAGAUCCAAGAAUCCAGAAGCUAGUUCGUGAUCGUUUGCCUAACUUUUUUCCUUUGGGUGCUGAGAACAUUCCUGGACAAAAGCAAGAUGAUGCAUCAGUUAUAGAUUACAUGGGGCAAUUUUGUCACGAAGGAGGCUCUAAAAAGACUUCUAAGAAUGGCGCUGUAGCGACAAACUCUAGAAAGAGCAGAAAGAAUGUGAAACAACCAAAUUCUGUGGAGGAAUCACAAGGAUCCGAGAGAUGGGUGAACCCUAAAAGCUCUGCUGGGAUUCCAAAAGAUGCCGGCAGAAGAAGGGUCCAGGCAGUUGGCAAAUCAGCGGGUCAUUGGUACACAACUGGAGAUGGAAAGAAAGUUUAUGUCGCCAAAAAUGGGCAGGAGUUUUCUGGUCAAAGUGCAUAUAGAUGUUACAGAAAGGAGACUGGAGCUGGGUUUAAAAAGUCAACAAAGAAGACAACCGGCAAAAGGAAAGCAGCUUCAAAGAAGAAAUAGAGCCCCUGUAAGAAAAGAAUAUACUCUCCUGUAUUUGCCAUGUUCAUGUCAAUAUGUUCUGGAAAAAGAAAUUUUGAUCAACCAAUGUAUUGUAUAUGAAUUUGUUUUCUAUGAUGACAGAUAAUACAAAAUAACUCAGUUCUUGAUA